AUGUGUUGUGUUAAGCCUUGCGAACUUUUGAAUUAUUUUCCACAAGUGGAGCGCAGAAAGAAGUUAUUUGGUGGAGGAUUAUGGGGAGGAGUAUGGGGAACCAUUAUCAUGCUGAUGGCUUUGUCAUUUUCUUCACCUCCAGAAUCUAAUGGGUUUUUGCCGAAUCUAAUGGAAAAAGAUUUUAUAAUGAAGAUACGAACGCUUCUAUUGUUUGGGAUCUUAUCCAGAGUAUACUUUAGAGAAGAUUACAUUGAUGGUUUUCAAGCUCUUGAAAGAGGAAAAUCGGCCCAAACUUGGAGAUUAGAGCCACAGAUAAGUUUCAAAAAGGGAGAUUUUUUUUCCUUUUUUUGUAGGAAAUCAGCUUCAAUGUGA